CAGCCGCCGGCGCAUUUCAAACAAUAUUCUAGUUUCUAUCGUACAAUUUGACAGGAAUAAGGAAGUACAUAAACGGUGUCUCGUGUUUAUUAUUUACUUAAAAAUAGUUGUUGUGUAGUUUGUAACUAAUGUAGUCGAAUAGAAAAGUUUCGCGGUAAAUUGAACAGAUGAAGUGUUUAGCAGCGAUUUCCUCGCUUGUCGCUUUUGUUGUGUUUAGUGCGUUGUGUGUCGGGGGAUACAAAGUAAAGUCUAUUGAUGAUGAAGCCAUACGCGUUGAUCUGGAUCUGUCCCAUGUGUCCCGUGUGGUGAAUGAAAGGUUUCUGUCGGUGGCUAUAGAUGCGAGUUUAAUAGCCGAGGAGAAGUUUAUGAAUCUACUGAAUUCACCAAAGUUAAGGACACUUGCCAAAGCGUUGAUUCCAGCCUUCUUGCGUUUUGGAGGAACCAAACAAGAUUUUAUUAAAUUCAAACCACAAGGGAAAUAUUUGCACGCCAGAGAUAACAGUAAUAACUCUCUUCCUUAUAAAGAUCUGUGUGAGAAACUUGAGUUACCUCCAUUGCUGGAAAAUAAAUUAAAGCAAGAAUGGGUCCUUCAAUCAAAGAUUUUACUUCAAGAGGAAGCUAGGGGGAAAUUCCAAAAAGCAAAAUUCUCUGAAUAUGCCAUUGACCUGCUCUACACCUUUGCCAACUGCUCUGGUUUGGACCUCAUCUUUGGUUUAAAUGCUUUGCUUCGAACAUCAGAAAACACAUGGGACAGCACAAAUGCAGAAUUGUUGUUGAAGUACUGUGGAUCAAGGCAGUAUGUUAUGUCCUGGGAGCUGGGGAAUGAACCCAAUAGCUAUGAGAAGAAAGCCGGGAUCAGAGUGGAUGGGUAUCAGCUUGGUAAAGACUUUGUCCAUUUGCAACAGAUCCUUCAGAAAUCCUCACUGUACAACUCAACAGGACUGUAUGGACCUGAUGUUAGUCAACCACGCGAACACCGCAAAGAUUUGUUAACUGGGUUUUUGGAAGCUGGAGCUGAGGCCAUUACUGCAUGCACCUGGCACCACUAUUACGUGAAUGGUCGAGACACAACUUUGGAGGAUUUCCUUGAUCCUGUAGUGCUUGAUAGCCUGGCAACAAAAAUUAAUGAGGUCUUUAAGACGGUUGAGUCAGUUUCUCCAGGGAAGAAGGUCUGGCUGGGAGAGACCAGUUCUGCUUAUGGUGGUGGUGCCGUUGGCCUCUCUGACACAUUUGCAGCUGGUUUCAUGUGGCUGGACAAACUGGGGCUUGGUGCCAAGCUAGGUCUGGACGUCAUUAUCAGACAGGUUUUGAUUGGCUCUGGCACGUACCAUUUGGUUGAUGAUAACCUUGAUCCGCUACCGGAUUACUGGCUGUCAUUGCUAUACAAAAAACUUGUUGGUCCAGAGGUCUUAAACGCAAAAGUUCUUGCAAAUGUAAGGACAAAGAAACAAAUCCGGGUAUACCUUCACUGCACUAACAGAAAAAGUACGCAUUACAAACAGGGUGCUGUCACCUUAUUUGCUUUAAACCUGAAUAAAAGUCAAGUGACCGUUACCCUGCCCACCCAAAUAGCCAAUAGCACCAUUGAAGCCUUUAUUCUACAAGCACCUGAGCCUGGUAAACAAAACCUUGAGUCCAGGUCUGUUAAACUGAAUGGAGAAGUGCUAAAGAUGGCUGAUGACCAUACACUUCCCGCUAUAAAGGGAUCUUUGCUACCUCCUGGAGAACCCAUCAGGCUGCCUGGGUUCUCACUUGCGUUCUAUGUUAUAACUGAAGCACAAGCUUCAGUAUGUAGAUGAGCUCUCUUGUGAAGGCUGCUUUCACUGAAUCAGGAAUUAAAUAUUUUGUGGCAAUAUGCUGUAUGAAGAAACUAAAUGGAUUUUUAUAAUAGAACAUAGAAAUCAGAAAUGUUAUUUAUGAUAUUUAUUUCCACUAACAGACCAGCUUAAUUUAAUGUCUUGGAAACUACUUGACUAAUUUUGACAACAA